AUGACGGGAGUAGAGGCUAGAGGCUUAGCUGGGAUGAAAUGUUGUGUUUUGUAUGACUCUGGAGUGACACACUCAUUUGUGUCAAAUGCAUGCGUGAAAAAGUUGGGUCUACCGGUGUGUGAGCUACAGUGUGAACUUGUGGUGUCUACUCCAGCGUCAGGUUUGGUCAGGACAUCGUCCUUGUGUGCUAGGUGUCCGGUGGUGGUAGAGGGACGCAUGUAUAAAGUGAAUAUGAUCUGCUUACCUCUACAAGAGCUGGAGGUGAUCUUAGGGAUGGAUUGGUUGUCUGCCAAUCGUAUCCUUAUAGACUGGCAAGAGAAAAAGUUAUUAUUUCCCAAUUCAGAGGAACCUGAGUUGUUGUCAUCACAUGGGGUUAUGAAGGAGCUACAAGAUGGUGCACAGUGUUUCAUGAUCUGCACACAUCUAGAGGUAGAGGGAGAAGAAGAGAAGUUUGUCAUACCGGUGGUAAAUGAAUUUGAAGAUGUAUUGCUAUAG